UUAUUUUAUUUUUAUUCGCCGAAUAGAUACAAAGUCGCGCGCAGCUGUUUUACUGUUACUUCGAUUAAACUUGGCCAAGUUAACAAUUCUGUAUAGCGUGAAAUGAAAAUCGUUAGUAGAUUACAAAUGACAAUUUCGAUGGUGGCAAUAUAUUAGUGGCAGUAAAUGUGUGGUAAACAAAUAUGCGUGGAUGCUAUGAACCGGACAAUGACUGAUUCGAUUUGGAAGAAAAACAAUCAAUUCCUCGUGAUUAUUAGCUAUUUAAAAUGGAUGCGAAACUUCAAUCGUCGAACUCAGAUAUUAAACCAGCCAAUGGUUCUAGCCAGGCCGAACAAGCUAAUAAUGGAAGGGAUAUAUUAGAUGGCACACAAAAAACUUUUUAUAUUAGUUGUGAUGUCAAAACCAAUGACGACGAUAUCGUCUGUGAAACAAAGAAUGGUUGUGAUUACCAAAGAAUCGGGCAAAUCGAAAUGGAGAAAUCAUUGCAUAAAACAUUGGAAGCCGUUCACUUGGACGCCAAGGGUAAUGGUGAACCAGAAUUAAAUAUCGAAGGUGGUACAAAGCCCAAACAUCCAAACGAGAAAACUGACCAAAAUUCAAUGACUGAAAGUCCAGCACAAAGGCAAUAUAAUGUCAUUGGUGCCCGAAAGAAUCGGCUUGAAGGUAACAAGGAGUCAAAUCAAAAUCCAAACUCUCAAAAGGUGAAACUUAACUAUCCAAAAUUAAAGCAACGACAACAGAAUUUUGUUAAAUCCCAGUCCUUGGACUUGUACAAUGAAGAAGGCUCUCUACUGAGUGCAACACACUGUAUGAACUCUCGCCUGUUACCAAAUAUAAGUGAACAUCGUUCUACUGAUAAUCCAGAACAAACUUUGGUAGAUCCCGCAAUGUCUCCACAAUCGAAGAGCGUUGACCAGUUGGAAGAAGUUAAUGGAGAUCUGGAUACUGCGCAGAGGCCAAAUUUAGCUACAACUAAGCUUCAAUCAAUCGAAACCCGACCAAUUUAUCCAAAUGUUCCAUAUAGUCCCUAUGGUAGUCCUUUCGGCAGUCCUCGCUCCAAUCGGCGGCGACCACCGCUACGGGAAUCACGUAGAAUAUCAAUAGAGAGAUCCGGAAGUUUCCUUCAACUAAACCAAUACAAACUAAUGGACCAAAUCGGACAGGGCUCUUAUGGCCUUGUAAAGUUGGCAUAUUCUGAAGAAGAUUCCACACAUUAUGCCAUGAAAAUAUUAUCAAAGAAACGACUUUUGCGACAAGCCGGUUUAAUGAGACGUGGCCCCAAAAAAGCAACAUCUCCGCUGGAUCGUGUUUAUAGAGAAAUCGCUGUGCUCAAGAAACUAGAUCAUCCAAAUGUUGUGAAAUUGGUGGAAGUACUAGACGACCCCAUCGAGGAUUCGCUCUAUAUGGUAUUCGAGUUGGUUAAACAGGGCGAAGUGCUAAGCAUUCCAACCGAUAAACCAUUAACCGAAGAGCGCGCCUGGAGUGUGCUCCGUGAUGUCCUUCUCGGAUUGGAAUACUUGCACUAUCAAAAGAUUAUCCAUGCUGACCUGAAGCCAGGCAAUUUAUUAUUGACAGAAUGUGGCCAUGUGAAAAUAGCUGAUCUUGGUGUUUGCAAUGAAUUCCUAGGAGAAGAUGCUACCAUGACCAAUGGAUCGACAGCGGGAACGCCAGCAUUUAGAGCCCCAGAGACUCUAGUUUUAGGCCAGAAUGUUUAUUGCGGAAGAGCUGCGGAUAUUUGGGCUUUGGGUGCAACAUUAUAUUCUCUGGUCUUUGGCAAUGUGCCAUUUCUGGCUAACUCUAUACCCUUGCUGUAUGAGAAAAUUAAACACGACUCUGUGGUUUUUCCAACGACGCCAAAAAUAAGUGAAGAUUUGAGGGAUUGCAUUGUCCGUAUGCUUGAUAAGAAUGCUGGUAACAGGAUUACAUUGCCGCAAUUAAAAAUAAACAAAUGGGUUACCAAAGAUGGUGCGUACCCCUUGCCAACUGAAGAUGAGAACUGUUGCUUGGUUCAAGUUGAUGAAGAGGACAUCAAUUCUGUUGUCCGUAGUAUACCCAAACUAGAUACUCUCAUACUGAUCAAGACAAUGUUGAAGAACCAUUCGUUUGGCAAUCCCUUCAUGAGAGGUCUAUCUGGCAAGGCACCACAGCCAGGAGGUUCGCGAUUGGAGAGAUUCGUGCGAGCCGGUCGAUCUAAUUCUGCGCCCGGUUCUUAUCACAUGCCAGUUGACAGGUAUAAGCAACCAUCCAUGGAUAAAGUACUUCCAUCCUUAACAGAGCAUUGUGCAAGUCAAAAUCCUGAGGACACAUAAAUACCAAAUAUUAAUUAUAAGUUUAAACUCACCAUUGUAUAAAGGAUGUACUUUAAACGUUAUUGAGGUUAUUGUGAGAACCAUUAACGGAUUGCCGGCCAAGCCGUCCAAUUCCAAUGAUAAUUUUCUAGUGCAUUAAUACUAUUAUAUAUAUAUAGUAGCCACAAUUUAAGUUAAUUUACUUUUAAACAAAUACUUUACAAUACAAUGUUACGUACAAAAUGGUAUAAUAUAUCUAAUAUAUAAUAUAUCAUAUGCGGUUAGUUAUGAUCAGGAUAACUUUAAUGCCAACAACACAAUCAUGUAAUCUAUAUUCUCGUUCUUGUUAUUAGAUUAUAUAGACAAGUGAAUAGUUUAGGAUUGUGUGGAAUUUCGAUUCGUGUUCUUUACGAAAAAUUUAAUUAAUUGAAAAAGUUUUGCAAUAAUCCAAAGUAUUUUAAGUAAUUGAAGCAUAUUUAAGCUUUAUUACCAGUUGGAAAAUCGAUUACUUAAAUUGCUAACAGAGUUCAUUAAAAGAAUCAACAAGUUACUCAAACUUUUCGAAAAUACGAAUCAAAAUUCAAGCCAUACCUGAUUUUAAUCUAGAUUAAUAUUUACAUAUAAUAAGAAUAGACUAACUUCGGUGCGCUAUAGCUUAUAUAUAUACCAACUUCUUGGCCAAUACAUAAGGCUUAUUCAAAAAGUGCAUUGAAUUGCUAAUCAUGUCCAAUAUAAUCUUACUUAAAAUGGGGUUCUUAAUAGUGACUGAAAUGAAUUUAUGAUUUCAGAAUGCCCAAACCGAUGUGUAUGUAUAGUGCAGUGUAGGGGGGGAUCUUAGAUUAUAGUUUUGCAUUAAUUAAAUAGACAAUGUGAAUUGUGGUCUUUUCCAAUCUGUUAGACAGUUAGGUUAGCAUGUGAUUAACCACAGUGUACAAUCAAAAACGCAACUGUGACAAACGUAUCACUUAAUAUUCAGUCAAACUUGUGUUGAAGUAGAUAAUUCAGUCCGCUUAAAAAGAAACCAUAUACAUACAAACAUAGUAGUACAGAUAUACAUAUAUAUAUUCUAGUAAUCUAUAUCCCAUUAUUUUUUUUCUUUGUUCAAUGAAUUGUUGUGAGUUUUCAGAAAUACGCACAAGAUUGUACCUACAAUGAGUGAUAGCUAUUUUAGCUUUUUAGCUUACCGACUGGGCCAUUUAGUUAACUAAUACAUAGAUUGUUUUGCAUACCUAUUUGUUAUGAAAAACAAAAUACAUAAAUUUGCCAAUUGAUUAUUUCAAACGAACAAAACAACCUUUGUGACCACUUUUAUCUUAUAUCUUGGGAACAUGAAACCAAAAAUUUAUGCUACUAAGUGUAUGGUAUUUGUGAAAUUAGUUUUGGGACCAUAAUUGAUAUUAAUGCGUUAAAGGGCAUAAACUUACAUACAACGAAUAUGUUAUUCGAUUCAAAUAACUUAUAUAUAAAUUAUAUUAUUGACAAAUAGUCAUACAUACAAGAUAUACUUAAAUAUAAUUAAAUAUUAUACAUAAAUAACCAAAAUACGCGUACAGAUAUAUGUAUCAUUUAGAUGUGAAAUGUGAUUUUUUCAAUUAAAAACAAAAACUUAUUA